AUGCUUCCUGCUCUCCUUCUCUCGCUCCUUGCCGGCACCACGGCGUCGCCUCUCCCCUCCCGGGCACCCAGUCUCGAGCGCAGCAUCGCCCCCCGUGAUCUCGUUGCCUACACCACGGACAUUCAGAUCCACUCGAGCUGUAACUCAACCCAGACCCGCAUGCUCCAGCAGGGUCUCAAAGAAGCGUACGAGGUUGCGUCAUUUGCGCGCGACUACGUCCGCACCAACGGCGCCAAUGACACCGUGUUCAAGACCUACUUCGGCACCGACUCGCAAGCGUAUCCGUCCGUCCUUGGAGCCUGGGACGCGCUGCUGUCGUCCAACAAGCAGGGCGUGCUGCUGCGCUGCGACGAUCCCGAUGGAAACUGUGUUCAGCCCGGGUGGCGUGGACACUGGCGAGGCGAGAACGGUACCUCUGAGACGGUCAUCUGCGAUGCCUCGUACACGGACAGGCUGUACAAUGCCGCCUUCUGCAUGGGCGGUUUCGUCCUUGCUGAGACGGCGCCGAGCCUGUACUGGUCUGUGGACCUCAUCCACCGUCUCCUCCACGUUCCCCAAGUCACUUACUCGGCUGUCAACCACUAUGCCGCCAACCUCGGCGAAGUGAUUGAGCUCGCAGAGCACAAUGCCACUCUCUCGCCCUUUGACUCGGACGCCCUGCAGUACUUUGCCGCGCACGUGUAUGCUCUCGAAGUCGCCGGCGGUGGCGACCGCUGCAUUGGCGCUGUCGGCGACCACUCGCACGCCGCCGCCGAUGCCAGUGCCACCACCUCGGCAGCCCUGGCCUGCCACACUCACUCGGACGGAACCAAGCACUGCGAGUAA